GAGGGGACAAGGGGCUAGUAUGAGGAAUGCCUUUAAGGAAUCUACCAUCUACGGGAACCUGGGUAGGGCGUGGUUUCUGGGCUGAACUAUCUAGGAGCGGAGACAGGUGGGCUUUUUUCCCCCUGCGGGUUGUCCUCCUUGUGGGAUGCCAGUAGUGGAAACCGUUGAACUGUUCCACUGUACUUCUUUUCACGUGAAACGGACCGCACCCUCUAUAAUUGCCUUGAUGAAGUGACUGAGGAGCAAGCUCAGCUCUUCAAAUGUCUGGAACAAGAUGUCCCGUUCGAUAGCGGCUCCCUGGACAUGGGCAUGGACAUCACCUACCCUGAGCCCCCAUGGGACCCACUGCCCAUCUUCCCAGGCCUCUGUGGGAGAAGAGGUACUUGGUGUGAAGAUAGAAUCUCCUAGCCCUGCACACUGCCUCUUGGGGAAUGUUCUGAAACCUUCAUUUGGAGCUAUCCAGAUUAGUGUGGGCCUCACCCCAGAUGACCCCUCAGAUACACAGACCAAGACAGAACCCAUUUCAUCUUCUUCCCCUCUUAGCUCGGAGGCCUCAUUGCUCUCCACAGAAUCCCCCAGUAAGCCUCUUGUGGAAGAGGAAGUGUUAGGAGUAAAGACAGAAUCACCAGCCCCUCAACUCUGCCUUCUAGGGGAUGUCCUGACUUCCCCAUUUGGAUCAGUUCAAAUUAAUGUGGGUCCAACCCCUGAUGCUCCCUCAGGAAAGGCCCCACCCCAUCGGAAGCCACCACUGCAACCGAAGCCUGUUAUGGUGACAAAUGUCCCCCUGCCUCCCCGAAAUUCACCUCCCAGCACCACAGUCUUGUUGCAGCCCCUAGGCCAACCUCCACCAGUCCCAUCUGGGCCUUCCGUAGUCCUUUUCCAGGGCCCUGUUCAAGUACAACCACCUGUGGGGGAGGGGCCAGCUCCCCCCACCCCCCGAUUGGAGAGGAAGAGCAUUGUUCCAGCUCCCAUGCCUGGGACUGCAUGUCCUCCAGAGGUGGAUGCAAAGCUGCUGAAGCGUCAGCAGCGGAUGAUCAAGAACCGUGAAUCAGCCUGCCAGUCCCGGCGGAAGAAGAAGGAAUAUCUGCAAGGGCUGGAGGCCCGGCUCCAAGUGGUCCUUGCAGACAACCAGCAGCUCCGCCGUGAGAAUGCAGCUCUCCGAAGACGGCUGGAGGGGCUGCUGGCGGAGAACAGUGAACUAAAGUUUGGGUCUGGGAAUAGGAAGGUCGUCUGUGUCAUGGUCUUCCUCCUCUUCAUCGCCUUCAACUUUGGGCCUGUGAGCAUCAACGAAUCACCUCCAGCUCCAGCCUCAUCUCCGAUGGCCAAGGAAGAGUCUUGGCCCCAGAGGCACCUCCUAGAGUUCUCAGAGCAAGGGGUAGUUCCUGGGGAGGACACCCAGGGGACACCAGUGGACCACAAGGAAUCACAGCCCAGGCCCCCUGGCCAGUCACAUUUCAAGAUCAUGACAGGCUCUCAGCUGUGCACCCCUUCCCUGCUCUGCUCCAGGAAUCUGACAAGCUUUCCCAAGGGAGCCAAGGAACUGUUGCUGAGAGACUUAGACCAGUUCUUCCUCUCCUCUGACUGUCGUCACUUCAACCGCACUGAGUCUCUCCGGCUUGCAGAUGAACUUAGUGGCUGGGUCCAGCGACACCAGAGUGGAAGAAAGAAGAGUCCUCAGCCUCGGAAGGUCAGGGAAAAACAGAAGUCUCACCAAUGGAAGAAACCACCUCCAGCCUGGUCAGUCCCUCCUCGGCCCUCUGACCCCCCUGAAAGUCCUCUCUCCACCCUCACCAGGGACUCUGUGAGCCAGCUGCAGCUGUAUCACCACCCCAGGCGUCCACAGCCAGAGUUCCUAGAUGCCAUUGACCGUCGGGAAGACACAUUCUACGUCGUCUCCUUCCGAAGGGAUCAUCUGUUGCUCCCAGCAAUCAGCCACAACAAGACUUCUCGCCCGAAGAUGUCUUUGGUGAUGCCAGCCAUGGCCCCCAAUGAGACCCUGUCAGGCCGGGGCAGUACAGGGGACUAUGAGGUGAUGAUGCAGAUCGAAUGUGAGGUCAUGGACACCAGGGUCAUCCACAUCAAGAGUUCCACAGUGCCCCCCUCCCUUCGAAAGCAACCUCCCCCUCCUCCUGGCAAUGCUUCAGGCAGCCCCUUGCCUCCUCCAGCACCCAGCUCUUCUAGGCAAGCUCCUCACCAGCCCUUCUACCUCGAUCACCCUUAACAGCUCUAGCUUGCACUGACUUAAAGCUGAGAAUGUGGUGGGGUGUACCCUCCGUUUCUCUAAUCCAGGGCUUGGCAUGAAUAAGGCACUUAUUUGGGGGUGGGACUGUCCCCUCUACCUAGUUCCCUUUUUUGUACAGAAGAUUCAGCUCUUCUCCAGUCCCCCAGUCCCUACUUCCUUUGAGGGAGGGAUAUUGGGUAAGCUCCAUUUUUUGUGGGCUCCUGCACAUGCCCCUUAUUCUGCUAUUUCUCCGGUGUUGGGUAUGGGGAGGGGUGGGGGGAAAGCUAGUCCCCAGGUGGGACCAAAAUUU